GAUCUGCGGUCGAGGGUGUCAAAGCUCAGAACGGAGGGGAUGGAACAAUGCGUGUGACGUCACAGACAGCAGAGAGCGCUUGUCGCAUGGCCAACUGAGCUUCGCUGCCGUCAGUUUAGUCAUGCCAACGUUUGAGGAAAGGUGCUAUGUUGUAGUGUAAUCUCGCGGGUGAUAAACGAACUUUUGGUGAAGUUGUGAAGUUUUUGUUUAGCUUAUGGAACACAUUGUGACAUUAUGUUGACUUCUUCUAAUCAGUAUUUGAGACCGGAAUAUCUUACUCCUCUACCUACUACAUUGGACGCAAAGAAAAGUCCUCUCGCAUUGUUGGCCCAAACAUGUAGUCAGAUAGGAGCAGAUACCCCGAACGCGAAGCUUCUUCAAAGUUCAGAAAAAUCAAACAAGUCUGCGAAGACAGAUUGCCAAAAAGAAAAAAAGGAAUUGUCUCAGAACAAUUCAAAAUUGGACGUUGCUAGCCCGAGAGAAAAGUCCAGAUCUCCUGAAGAGAGAUCCAACUCUGGUUCGAGCGGCAAUAGGGUACGAACGCCGAUAGCUUCGAAGCCCCUUACGAACGGAAGAUGUUCUAGCAAUAUUAGUCUUUCUCCUAGAGCUUCUCCUGCUGAAAGGAAGAGUCCUGCGACUGAAAGCUAUGCAGAGGGAACAGCUACUCCCGAGAAAUCCAGCGAAAGGACAACUCCGCACACUCCUUCGUCGUCUGCUUCAAAGACAGCCUUUACACCCAAUAUACUGACGUCGUCUUCUGAUCCAGCUAUCAAGGACUUGCCGUUGGGAACUUUCAAACCGGGGGUUCCUCCUACGACUUCCCCGUUUCUGGGAGCAUAUCCGUCGCCUUCUUUCCCCUUAUCUAUGGACUUAAUGGCCAGUACUUUGAUGAACCAGCACGCUUUAAAAAGUAGUGGACUAGUUCCGUAUCUCGGUUAUGGCAGAAUGAAAACGCAAGACUCACUGUCGUCGGUGUGUAGAGAUCCGUACUGUACGGGAUGUAGUGUUAGUUCUCACUUAUUAGGUGCCUCGAGUGUUGUAAAGUCUUGUCCGGCCGGCUGCACACAGUGUGAUCACGCAAAACCACCCACGACUGUUGGAUACAUGAGCCAUAGUCCUGCAGCUACAGCGUACGCCCACGCGCAGCUAGCCGCCUUGGCUGCAGCUUCUCAUUUACCCUACGUGUGCAAUUGGAUAUCCGGAGACGCAGCCUACUGUGGUAAAAGGUUUUCUAGCUCAGAAGAACUGUUAGCUCACUUAAGGACUCACACUAGUGGAGCGAUAUCGGAUACCGGUUCCGCUUUAUCGAUGUUAGGUUCGCCUGGACUACCCCCCACGCAUCCCCUGCUUCACAGAACAUAUCCAACGCCUCCUCUCAGUCCCUUGGCGACUGCGAGAUAUCACCCGUACAGCAAACCGUCCUUGUUGCCCCCCUCGCUUACUUCAUCCUCGCUGGCGGGGUUUCCCCUAGGGCAUCCAGGAAUCUCUCCAUAUCUCUCCCCAUACUCGCUUUACGGGCCUAGGCUAGGUGCUGCCCCAGGUAUGCAUCAGUAGAUGUUCUCCAGAAGCCAAAUACUAAGAUGCUGUGUUAUAGACUUUUCCUAGUCUUAAAAGAUUACCUUAAAUAUUCCUGGCAGUGGGAAGUGAAUGGUUUUUGUUUUAGUAAAGAUUACUCUAUAUUUUUUGAAAGUUGGUAAGUACAUACCUAAAGAUUUACAAAGUUGUGACUAAGGAGACAUUAUCACAAUAAGAUCUUAUGUAGUGUAUUAAUUACUCACAUUACUAAUCUUUUGUAACUUAUAUGCACAAUUUUCUAGGUAUUAAACAAUGUUUAUUCUUCUUUAAAUUCUAAGUCCGUUUUGCUGGUAUGAUUUCAAUUAUGAAUUUAUUUAUUAUGUAGUGUGUGUUAUUAAUAUGUACAUAGAAUUUUUCAAAAUCGCAGAAUUAUACCUUGAUUCUUAUAUCCAUUCUAUUACGUACUUCCUACCAAACAUUUUCUAGAGACCCCUGCUACUUUUUUAUUUGUCAACCCUUUUUAUGCAAAGUGCUUCAUCUCUUCUUAUAUUUAUCCAUUCUUCUCUAUAUGUUUACUUUCAUCCCUCUCUCUCUUCAGUACUGAUCCCCUGUAGGGAGUGUAGUGGUCGUCCUGAUGUCGUGUAUUGUUCGUCUCUGUCUUUGGUCAUUUCUUUUAAUGCGUGCAUAGGUCUGUAUAUUCCUGUAAUAUGGUACAUCCAUCUUGUUGUUCCUCAUGGUGUUCGGCCUUCUCCCUUUCCUUGGAUAAUGAGCUUCCUUUUUAUUUUAAAUUGUGUCUUAUUAAUUUGCUUAAAUGACAGUUAGAUUUGGUUUUGAUUCAGAGGAACCACGGACUGUUCUGAGGAACCCAAAAGGAUGACACGUACUCAAACACAUGGUGAUGGUCCCUGAAACGAUAUUAAAUCUUACACUGUCCUUCAUUUACAUAGAAUUUCCUUUGUUGGAAAUGUGAGGUGGAAGAAGAAAACAAGUUCUCUGUGAAUGGUGAACACAUUUCCUGAAACGCUUAGUGACACAAUGUACGGAUUUAUCAAUUACCUACUUUUUUACUUAGACAAUCCUUCACUUCCCUCUUGUUAAGACUAAAAAAAUUAAUGAAUCACUUUGUUAAACCCGGUGUAUUAUUGUGUGGACGUAACAGUGUGAUAUUAUUUUUAAUACUGUACAUUUUUGAAUGACAUCUCAACUUUCUAUGUAUAUAGUUGUUAACAUUGCCUGCAGCAUUGCUGUAAGCUACUUCCAAAUGGAACACAUUUCCAAUUCGAAUAUUAAACCAGGAAAUAAAGUUCUGCAAGCAAACGAGAGUCAUUAAUAUUCACCUCAGCGAGGUGCUAUUCUUCAAUGUGUGAAAUCCUAUCAACAAGGGAUCUAAAUGUUUUAUGGAAUGAUCCCUUGUUUAUUUAAGUACAUCAAUAGUACCCGCUGAGCUGAAUACCAAUGACUCUUUUAGUUUGUUUGCAGGACUAUAUUAGUAAAUUAUUUAUGUAUUAUACUUACUGUUAAAGCUUAAAAGAAUAUUGAUUAACUAUUCAAAAGAUAAUGCGAUUGAGAAGACCUAUAGGAAACCACAAUAAAGAAAAUCUUUCCUAGAUAGUCUAUCCAUUUCAUGAAGGGUUGAUCCUUUUCUCCAAAUUCUUUUUUAUCUAAACAGGAUGAGACCUUUGCUUGUGCCUUUUCCAAAAUGCUUCUAAAUCCAAGAAAUUCUGUAACAAGAUGUAUUGAUUGUAUUGGUAACUUUUUUAACUCUUGGUUUUCUUGUUAACUAUACCUAUUUCGUUUCAGUUAUAUGUAUUCAUUCUGGAGUAAUAUUUUAGAUGUCUUUUUAAACUGUCAAAUGUUUUUGAACUGUCAAAUGUUUUUGAACUAUUAUUGUGGAUGGUAUUGUUGUACUAUUUAUUUCCCUCCCACUAGUACUGCAUACUAACAUAGUUAGAUAUCUUUAUUAGAACCAGGCUGUAAUAACUUUAGUUGAAAAUAGCACGGAUGCGCAACAGCAGAGGAUUGAGACAAGGAUGUACACUUUCACCACUACUAUUUUGCUAUGAAGCUAUGAAUAACAUUCGUUAUGCUGAUGAUGCAGCUGAAAAUGAGACAGACCUGCAGAAGCUACCAAACACAAUUUUCGAUACUUAAGAACGGUUUGGUUUAACAAUAAUCAAAGAAAAAUUAUGGUUGUCAAAAAGAGAGGUAAAGUCAUGACAAGGAUCCAAAUAAAAAAUGAAGAUUAUAUUACAUUAAAUCUAAAUUCGAAAUCGGAAAUUCGAUGAAGAAUAGAGCAAUCAAGAGCAGCUCUUCAAUCAAUGAAUCUGCAAAUCCGAUAUCGGAGGGGAAGUAUUAUAUCCUCUAUUCUUAUUUAUGAUGCCCAAGCUUGGACUUAAUGUUAAUGUGCUUGGAGUUAAUGUCGACUUAAUGACAAAUAUUAAAGCGUUUGGCAUGUGGCUCAGAUUACAAGAGAAAUGGUGUUGCCCAGAAGGACAAGAGAGAUAACUUUCUGAUCACCAUUAAAAGGAGAAGGUCAUCAAUAUUUGGAGCACAUAUUAUGUACUUAGAAAUGAUCAUAAUCAUCUGGAUCCGCAUAACCUUCUGCGUCCAAAGUUGCACAUAGGCCUCCCAUAAUUUUUCGUUCUUCUUUCUUUCUUCCAGUUCUGUCGAUCUUAAGAUUCCUGCAGCCAAUUGCUGCCUGAGAUUCCUGUCCAUCGUGUAGGUGAUCUGCCUCUGCUUCUUUUGUCUACUCGUGGUCUCCACACUGUAGCAUGGCCAGCUCAGGCGCUCAUUUACCUGUAUGCUAUUCGUUCUAUGACAUCUGUGACUCCUGUCCUUAUUUCCUCGCGUCUAGGCAGCUGAUUGUAAAGGGUAAUAUCUAAACUGAAGAAAAACGGAAUCGUGGUAGACGACAAAUAUCCUGGCUGAAAAACAUUAGCUACUGGAUCAUAUAUGUUUGCGGUUUUGGGAUAGGUUUAUGGCCUGCCACCUGCCACUAUAGUUGAUAGAUUAUUCUUUAGAGUUCUAAACCUUUCCUAAAAUUUCUGAAACACUAUAGACUGUGUAAAAAUAUUUUUGAUUGAUGUCUGAUGUCGAAUUGAAAAUGUGCUUUUUGUAAAUAAUUUUUGAUUGUUGUGGAUAAUAGUCCAAAAAAGUGUUUUUUGUUUGUGUACCUACCACAAGAUGUUAAUUUUUAAAUUAUUUCUGGAUAAUUUAUAUUAAAACUAAUAUUAUCAAGCACUAAUGAGACUGAACCACUCAUAACAAACUGGUUCAAAAAUUACUCAAUGAGCAGAACAAAAUAAAUAUUUGUUGAACAAACCUAUCAAACAAUUAUUAUUAUUUUUUACUAUCAUCCACAAAAAUCAAAAUGUUUUUUUGUCAAAAUAUGGAUAUAUGUAUAUAUUUGUGUACAGAUCUCAGCAAGAGAAAUAUUAUUUAUUGCUCUAACUUUUGAGCUUACGACUUUUUAAGUUUUCCUCAGCAAGGAAUAUCUUCAAGUACUUAUAUGCACCAAAAUUAUAACUUCUUUAUAGUCAAAAUAUAAAACAGAGACAUAUUAUUGUCCGGACACAUUACAUUUUUUCACUUUGUUGAAAACGUUAUUAUAUGAAUAUUAAAUUUUUUAUAGCAGUUCUAACGAUAGUAAAGUUCUUUUAUUACUUUUAAAUCUGUUUAAUUGAUAAUUAAAAAGAUAGUUAAAUUUAUUUCUAAAAUUUUCCUUGGCUCAACCCUGAAAAUUAAAUAAACAGGUACCAAGUGUUUACAAUCUAAUGAGUGAAGUUACUUUUUAAUGUUUUUAACAAUGCUAUUCAAUUUUUAAUCCUAAGUAUUUUGUUAUUACCAACCGUUCUAGGUUUUUGGCAAGCAUUACUGUGGAUGUAGAUCAUGUUGUAUCCAUUGGUUUCUUUUUAACGGAUUCGGCCCUGUAUGAUUUUGGAAAAUAGCCAAAUCUAAUUCUCUUUUUCCUUAUCUUCUUUGUAUCAGAAGAUUAUUUUCUUUAAAAACGGGAUCGCCAUGUAAUGUUGGAAACUAGAUUGUUACGACAUUUGGACAAGCGUGAUGGUAGAAAAUCCCUUUUAAUGGUUUUUAACACGUCUUUAUUUACGUUUCACCUACAUUCUAGUACAUACAAAUUAUUCAGCUAGGUUAGACCAUCUGACACUCGAAAACUCUAAAUAUAGUCCUUUCUAUCGAACGCAAAUGUUCAAUUUGUAUAUAUUACUAAAUCAGGGUCUUUAAUGUGUAAUGUUUUGCUGAGGUUUGAUUAUAAGUAGAGUGUUUGUGUAGUAAGUGGGUAAAUAAAUUAUUUACACAAACAGUUAUAUCCAACAAGAGAAUUAUGUAAGAUUUCUUGAUCCCGAUAAGGAAGAGGAGGUGCAUACUUCACACCUGAACAUGGCUAGUUUAAUAUAUCCUCUAUCAUCAAUAUUGGCAUCAAUUGGUGCCACACCUAGAGUUUCCACAAUCUAUCAAUUUGUACUCCACUCAUCCAUCUAAGUACAUAUUCUCAUUUCUGCAACAUACAUUCUUUGUUUUUUUUUAAGUGCAAAAAUCUUUAACAAUUACUACCGACAGUCUUCUCUUUCUGGUUUCUAUCAUUUGUUAUACAGUUUUUGCCUUUUUUUAUUCUGCUUUGAAAAAUAUUCAAGAACAGAAACUGAUAAAAUUGAGAAUUGGAUCGAAAUAAUAAUAAGAAAAUAACUUUUCGAUCAUAUAGAUUAUCUUUGUCUGUCCGUCCAUCCGUCUGUGAAGUCUUAGAUUAAAAUCACCAGCGCGUCUCCCUGCAUUAACCCCCUAUGUAUUUCAAAUGGGAUUGACAAGUCGUUCUUUCUUACUAUUGGUAGCAUCAUGGCCAUCGCAUUUAUCACGCAUAUGAGUUUUUUGGGGGAAGAAAUCAAGCGAAGGAUAGUCCUAGCAAACAUGCUAUUUUGGACUGAGUAGACAUACUGAGAAGCAAAAAACAUAACCAUAUACAAAACCCUUAUACAACCAGUGUUGACAUGUAGAUCGGAGACAUGGACCAUCUAAAAGGCAGAUGAAAACCUUUUGCUUAUAUUUGAACGAAGGAUCCUGAGAGGAAUAUUCGGUGGCAUCUGUGAAAAUGAUGUUUGGAGGAGGUCGUACAACUACAAGGUAUACCACCGAUAUAAACAUACAUUUGGUGGUAAAGACGUAGUAUAUUUUAUAAGAAUAGGAAGACCAAGAUGGGCAGGACAUCUAGCAAGAUCACAGCAGAACAAACCCCCUACAGGAAUUCUUAGGUCACAACCUUUGGUAAGUAGAUAGGUAGGCCAAAACUCUGGCAACGGUUGGCAAUGAUAUGACUUACUUUUAUAGGGCUGUAGCACCAUUAAUAAUAAUGAGUUUUUCUGGAAUUUAUUUAUAGCGUAGUAAAGGCUUGUUCUUAAGACACUGUCAUAUGCCUCUUUAAAAUCGACAAAAAGAAGAAUUUCGCAUGAUAUUCUUCUAGAAACACUUUGGUAUAAGUCUACGCAUACAAAAUUUUAUAUGAAUCAUUGUGUACCUAUUUUAUGUACCUCAUUAUAGAAAUUUAAUUAUUAAUACAGUUUUUACAUCUAUUGAACUUCACUUAAAACACUCUUCAAGUAUUUACCUCACUUAUUUCCUAUUUGGUCAUCAACCAAUAAAAAUAGUAUUAGUUAGUAACAGAGUCAUAAGCAAGCUAAAAUACAUUUGACCUACACGUUAUAAACAAAAGAUAUUACAUCAAAUGAAUACUAUUAUUAGUCAUAGUAUUUUACCUACAAGUUUUUUUAACAUAUAAUUAUAUUGUCACUAGGAAAGACAAAUUACCAAUUUGUGAGGUUUUUACAAUUUUUUUAAACAAUAUUUUUGUAUUAAUAACUACUCCUUGACAUAUUUUAUUAUAAUUUAAUGCUGUUUGAACAAAAAUAUGUUUCUGUUUCAUUCUAAUUAGAACAAACAUUAUUUAAAACAUUUUUUUUCUUGGUAGAAUUUUUAUCGACACAUUUAAAACAUAAAAAAUCAAAAAUAAUAUUAUUUUUGAAGAGAAAUAAAGAGAAUUGAACGUACUCGUAACAUAAAGUCAAUAUAACUACAUUUUAUAUUGGUAUAACCUCGUUUAUGAAGACAAGUAUAGGUUACUUCAUCUGUCAUAAUUCAUAUAUGUCCAAUUGAUGUUCAUUUUAUUAAUUCAUUAUCCAUCUUAAGAUUUAAAAUAGAACUAGUUUUUAUAUUGCUUCCCCUUUUGGAUUUUUCUGAUUUUCUCUUACGGAGUUUGACUUCUCUCUCUUACAGCCUUCUCUCCUUCUGGAGUAUUAAGCUCUCUUGUGUUUCUUAGGCAAAAGUGAAAUAUGGCUGAUUGGCUGUAUCAGCGAUUCUCUUGUGCUUUAUUUCUUCGAAAUUUCCUUUUUUCCAUUCCUCUCUACGUCAUGCUCUCUACGUCAUGCUCUCUACUUGAUCUCUCUCCACUCUCCACCUCAGGAGAAUUCUUUAAUGAUUUCUUGUUACAGUUCUUCUCCAGCUAUUAUCCAGUCUUCCUUUGAUCAUCCAUCUUGCUCUCUCUUUGUUAUACAAUCUACUGUUGAUAGGUAUAAGAAAAAUAAUUUAAUACAUAAUACAUAAAAAAGGAGAUGAAACCCAAUGUCAAAAAAGGAAAUAUGUACCAAAACAAUAAGGAUAUUAAAUGUAAUGGAACAAUAUUAGAAAAAAUAACAACAUACGAAUAUCUGGGCAGCAUUGUGAGUAAUGAUGGCAAAAUAGAUGCGGAAAUAACAAAUAGAGGAAAUAAAUGUACACGAUUAUGCUACACAAUUAAUGCAACAAUACUAGGACACAAAGAUGUUGUAAAAAUGGAAAUCAAGAGAAAAAUUCACAAUCAGAUAACAGUGCCAAUAAUAAUAUACGUAAGCGAAAACUGGGCAAUUCAUAAAAAACAAUUAAUCAAAAAUUAACGCAAUCGAAAAAAUGUGCGGGAAAACAAAAUGGGACAAUUACACUGGUCAACAUGGAAAAAUGAACAGACACUCUGAUGGGUGUUCUUAACUAAUUUUGGGUCGCUGAACUCGAAUAUGACCUCCGUUUUUUUCCAUCACCCUCCAUUUUUCCGCUCCCCCCUAUUCUUGACAAAAUAGUGGUGAAAUAAGUAAAUUUCGUUUAAUUUGCUCAUUUCGCCGCGAUAAAUGCCAACUUAUAGAUUAAAAUUACAGUAAACUAAUGAUUCAGAUUAUGCCCAACGAUAAACAUAAUUGCGGAUCCGAGGGGCGAAAAAAGGGGAAGGGGUAUUUUUCUGAAAAAAAACGUAAAAAAUCAGCAUUUUUCAGUAUUUUUUUUUGGAAAAAAAGCGACAUUACAGGCCUUUUGCCAUUUUUUACACCUUUCCACUACCCCUUUGCACCUUCCUAUCUCUCUUUUUCACCCCCCCCCUUCUCUCUUUUACACUACUUGAAUUCGCAAGCAAGCACCUGUUGCAGUGAGCGUGUUGUUCGAGACAGACUGUCAGACUGUCUCGAAGUUUUUAAAAGUGAGGUGUUUGCGUUUAGUACACGUGUUUUUUUUCUGUGCUUCAAGUACAUUUCUUUGUAAAGUUUUUGGAGUUACAAUGCCGCGUUUUUGUAAGAAUGAUGUGAAUUCUUUCUGUUAUAUUUGUGGAGAAAUAACUUUUAAGAAUCAAAGGAGACCUUUAAAUAAGAUGGUUCGAAAAGCUUAUGAGCAUUAUUUCGGUUGCAAAGUCUGGGAUCAAGACAAGCCAUGGGCCCCAAAAUUAUGUUGCAAUAGUUGUUACACUAAUUUAAGUUCGUGGUUACGUGGGAAAUCACGUCCGAUGUCCUUCGCUGUACCAAUGGUCUGGCGUGAGCCCACUUCUCAUGCCGAGGACUGUUAUUUUUGUAUGACGAAAAUAUCUGGAUUUUCGCGAAAAUCGAAACGUACCAUCAGUUAUCCGAAUAUCCCUUCGGCAAUUAGACCCGUGGAACAUAGUAAUAUGCUGCCUGUUCCCAUACCACCCGUAAACUACACCCUAGAUGAUGAAGAAUCAGCAACUGAACAGAAUGCGUCACCACUGGAAGAGGAGACCUCACAUGGGAGCCAAGAUGGAGACUACACGCCUAACGGUUCGAACGAACCACAACUUUUUACUCAGGAGGAAUUGAACGACUUAGUUCGCGAUUUAGACCUGCCUAAAAUAAAAGCUGAGCUUCUUGGUUCACGACUUCAGCAGAAAAAUCUCCUGCAGAAAGAUGUCAAUAUUACGUUUUUCAGAAAAAGAAAUUCCGCCUUCAUUUCUUUUUUCUCGCGAGAUGAUGAUGAUGAAGAUUUAAUUAGCUGUAACAACAUUGCAGGACUAAUGACUGAGCUAAAAAUACCAUACGUAUCUGAAAACUGGAGACUUUUCAUUGAUUCCUCAAAAACUAGUUUAAAAGCGGUUUUACUUAAUAAUGGAAAUGAUCUACCAUCGGUCCCUGUUGCCUAUGCAACCAGUAUGAAGGAAACAUAUGACAAUCUAAGAAAAAUUUUGGAAAAAAUUAGUUACGAUCAUCAUCAAUGGAAUGUUUGUGCUGACCUCAAAGUAGUGGCAAUAUUAACUGGAUUGCAAGCUGGAUACACUAAAUUUUGUUGCUUUCUUUGUGAAUGGGACAGCCGUGCUAAAGAUCAACAUUAUGUGCGAAAAGACUGGCCCUUGCGCGUGAAUGAUAUUCCCGGUUGUAAAAACAUCGCUUUUGGUGCCUUAGUAGACAAAAAAAAAUCAUUAUACCUCCACUUCACAUUAAGCUGGGCCUUUUUAAACAAUUCGUUAAGGCUCUAAAUAGGGAUGGUAAAGGAUUCUUAUACCUGAAGCAAAAAUUUCCGCAUAUAAGUGAUGCCAAAAUCAAAGAAGGCGUAUUUGUGGGACCCCAGAUUAAACAGUUAUUUGAUGACGAUGCUUUCUCCAACAGUUUGUCAAGAAAAGAGAAAAGAGCCUGGGAAUCUUUUGUUUUUGUUUGUCGCAAUUUUCUUGGAAACAAAAGGUCAGAUGACUAUCAACAACGAAUUGAUGAGCUACUUAAAUCUUACAAGGCUUUAGGUUGCAAUAUGUCAUUGAAAGUCCAUUUUCUCCACUCCCACCUGAGUUUUUUCCCGGAAAAUUGUGGAGCCGUUUUGGACGAGCAUGGUGAAAGAUUUCAUCAGCAGAUUGCCCAAAUGGAGAAGAGAUACGCUGGAAAAUGGAACCCUAGUAUGUUGGCGGACUACUGUUGGACUCAAAUUCGAGAAACACCGGAGGACGCUUACAAAAGGAGAAAAAUUUCCAAGUAGAUGCAGGUAUGUUUUUUUUCAGACUUUUUGAUUGCUUAGCCUUAUGAUUAAUUUCAAUACUUUUUCUCCACCUCCACCUUGUCUAAUCAUAUUUUUGUCAUAAUUCUCAGAUACAAUCAAAAUCACAUAAGAGUUUGUUUCAAAUAAAUAGGUAACUUCUUUUUUUUUGUACAUCCAUAAUUAUGUUUUUUUUUUCUUGUUGAAGAACGAGGGGGCUUUAAGGGGGGAGGGUGAAAAAGAGAGAUAUGAUGAUGCAAGGCGGUUCAAAGGGGGUAUUGGGAAGGUGUAAAAAAUGGGAAAAACGCCUGUAAUGUCGCUUUUUUUCCAAAAAAAAUACUGAAAAAUGCUGAUUUUUUACGUUUUUUUCAGAAAAAUACCCCUUUCUUCCCCUUUUUUCGCCCCCUCGGAUCCCCAAUUAUGUUUAUCGUUGGGCAUAAUCUUAAUCAUUAUUUUACUGUAAUUUUAAUCUAUAAGUUGGCAUUUAUCGCGGCGAAAUGAGCAAAUUAAACGAAAUUUACCUAUUUCACCACUAUUUUGGCAAGAAUAGGGGGGAGCGGAAAAAUGGAGGGUGAUGGAAAAAAACGGAGGUCAUAUUCGAGUUCAGCGACCCAAAAUUAGUAAAGAACACCCAUCAGAGUGUCUGUUCAUUUUUUUUCAAUUUUUUUUGUUGACCAGUGUUAUCAGACAAAUGACAAAAAAAAACCUAUUACUAAGUACAUUAAACAGAAGCGAAGGUUCUGUUUCGGACAUAUUAUGUAACAUUAUGAAACCAGAAAGAAUUACAAGGCAAAUAUUAGAAUAGGGAUGUAGAAGGAGAAGAUGGGGAAGGCCCGUGAAGAAAUUGACGUGGAAGAAGGAAAUGGAUAUAUUAGAUCGAAAGAAGGAAUAAAGUGAACAGUAUUGAAGAAAAAGACGAUGGCCAAAAAUAGAAAUGCAUGGCAAAAUGGAUAAAGGAAGAACUGGAAUCCCAAUCCUAUGCUUGAGAGGGCAAAAAGAUAUGAGAUGAAGAAGAUAUUUUUUAUUUUUGUAUAACCUGUGUAUAAUCUAUUCUAUGUUUAAAUGUAUAUACCUGUUUACUAUCUCUCCGAUUUUAAUACUGUUUUUGUUUCUACCAUCAUAUGACCUCUUUCAGUUUAGUACCUUUAGGCCAGGGUAAUAAGACAAAAAUAUACCCUGUUCGUGACACUUCAGCAGCCAGGGUACUGAAGCGUUUUUUCGACAGGUAAUACCUAUAGAAACAAAUUAUAACUAUUUCCUGCGUAGGAUCUGGCGGCCAUUUUUAUUUAUAAACAAUUUAGUGUCAAAACACGGUCGUUUUUCCUUUUUUUUUCAAAUCAACGGAAAACAGUGAAACUUAUUAUUUUUUUAGUACAAAUAGCUUCGAGAUUAUGGAAAAAAGCUUUAAAAUGGCGUAUUACAAAGUUUGAUAUACUCAUUUAUUGUUAAUAUAAUUGCGAAAAAAGGUCGGAAUUGCAAAAAAAAAUAUUUUCUCAAUAACUGUUGUAAAAAUUAGUGUACAGCUUUAAAAUUUUUGUCAAAUGAGGGGUGCUUAAUAUGUGAUAAAAAUUUCAGAGCGAUUCAUUCAAUUGUUUAAAUUUUAUUCAAAUUGUUUAUCCCAGAGGGCAUUUUUUUGCAAUAACAUAAGUCAGAAAAAAAUGACGUUAGAACCAUUCCACAGGUGUCAAAUGAAAGAGCAUGAGCUACAUUUUCAACAUGGUUUAAAAAAGUGAAUAAACAAUGCAUUUAUUAGUAAUAAAUAAUUAUGCAAAAGUAUCGUCAAUUUUUCUUUAUAAACUUUUUGAAUAACUUUUUCCAAAAAAAUUAACUUUUUUACCCUGUUUUAAGUGCACAACUACCAAGUAAUGCUAUCUAUAUCAUAAUUGAUAAAAAAUUGUAAUAAAUAUGUAUAAUUUCUUAUAUAACAAAAUAAAAAGUUUAUAAGGAAAGAUUUACGAUACUUUUGCAUAAUUAUUUAUUACUAAUAAAUGCAUUUUUCAUUCACUUUUUUUAAAUCUAGUUGAAAAUAUAGCUCAUGCUCUUUCAUUUGACACCUAUGGAAUGGUUCUAACGUCAUUUUCUUCUGACUUAUGUUAUUGCAAAAAAAUGCUCUCUGGGAUAAAUAAUUUGAAUAAAAUUUAAACAAUUGAAUGAAUCGCUUUGAAAUUUUUAUCACAUAUUAAGCACCAAAGAACCCUUAUUUGACAAAAAUUUCAAAGCUGUACACUAAUUUUUACAACAGUUAUUGCGAGAAUAUUUUUUUUUGCAAUUCCGACCUUUUUUCGUAAUUAUAUUAACAAUAAAUAAGUAUAUGAAACUUUGUAAUACGUCAUUUUAAAGCUUUUUCCAUAAUCUCGGAAGAUAUUUGUACUAAAAAAACCAUAAGUUUCCCUGUUUUCCAUUGAUUUGAAAAAAAAGUGAAAAAUGCCAUUUUUUGACACUUAAUUGUUUAUAAAUAAAAAUGGCCGCCAGAUCCUACGCAGGAAAUAGUUACAAUUUGCUCUUAUAGGUAUCACCUGUCGAAAAAAUGCUUCAGUACCCUGGCUGUUCAAGUGUCAAGGAAAAAACCUUAUUACCCUGGACUACUUCUUUAAUUGGGUUUGUAUACAUUAAUAAACCUGGAGGCGACAUACAAUGUAGCAUUAAAAAAAUUUAAUGCUUGUUAAAGUAAUUCCACUCCCAUAACUUUGAUGUUAAUUACAGGUUGACUAUUUCUUGGUAGUACUGUUAUCAUUAGUUCAUUAAGUACUUCCGACGAAAUAAUCAUGUUUUUCUAUUAAAGUAAGGUGUAUGUUGACAAUGUUUUAUGAUGUUUAAGAAGGCAAUUCUGAACGUAUAGUAUUAUUUAUACUGCAGAACUGGAAAUCUAGCUAUAUUGACAUUAAGGAAAAUCAAUGUAAUUAUAACUGUGUAAUGCAUGUAAUACCAGAUGAAACAUAUUUUUUAUUAAAUUUCAUACAUAGACAAAUACGACUUUCAAUCAAAAUCUUGUCAUAACUGUCCAUAAAGGAUAUGCAAAUUUUGCAAAAAUUUGCGUUGUUCUACCAAAGUUAUACCAAAAAGUCAAAAAUCGUUAAAACUAAAAAACUCAACAGCGUUACCUCGAGAAACUUGUAAGCUAAUAAAAUCAUUUUGAAUUUUUGUUUAUGUUCCAAUCAGUUCAAUGUGUUCAUUGUUCUUUGAUCCAAUGAUGAGUUCUGAUGUCCACCUCAAAAUCCAUUGUUUUUUGAGGUGUCUUGAAAACUUAUCCACUGUUGGCUUAUUUUUACUUUUUUUUAAUAUUUUAUGAAUUGUACUGAAUAUGCUUAUUUAAUUUAAAAAUAAAAUAAUUCUACCAUACUUUUAAAAACAAUUCACAAAAAUGUGCUUGAAAUAUUGAUUUCCAACCCUACGCCCCCCGCCCCUGUUAAGGAUAUAUGACAAGAUUUUGAUAGGCAACCCAUGCACGUCGUAUUUCUCUAUGUAUGAAAUUUAAUAAAAAAAUGUUUCACCCAGUAGUAAACAGAUGGGUGAAGGUCAACCUGGAUUCGUAUCUCAGUUUUUUCCUUAUUUCUUUUUAUAAAAGAAAAUAUGAGUCGGCUAAAAAAUCUACCAGUUUAGUGAUAUUGGAUCUGUUAAUUUAGUGUUUUUGUCUCUGUAUGAAGAAAGUAAAAAAUGUUAUUUUUCUUUUUAGAAACUGAUUUAACCGAGUCGCAUAUAUGUAGUAGCGAAGAUAGUGUGUGUACUGUCAGAUCGUGCCCUGUCCUUUAUAUCUUUGUAUUUUUAGUUAAAUGACUUUAUAUUUUAUAUUGUUAAAUUUUGAUGUAAUUAUUGUUUUAUUUCUUUUAAAAAAGUAUAUUAAAAAUAUUUACUUCA